AUGUGUUUGGUUGCUGUAGCCGAUUAUGUCUAUGCCGGUUUCCCACAAGGCUUCGGAAACGAGGAAGUAGGGUCCACCCAGAUUGUGGAGAGGGACCUGGGCGAGAUCUGGGGACUCCACUUCGACCCUGCGUAA